UUCCAAGUGAGCAUGAUAUUUUGUUUCUAUUUGAUCUUCAUAUCGAUGUGCCUGUUGACAUUAUGCACAGUGUAAGGAAGGUGAGCUGGUAAUUGAUUUAUAUAACAAAAUAUUAGUGGUCAUUUAAAAAACUGAGUCAAUGAAUACUCUUAUAUUCUGUGAUUUAGGAGGAUUAGAAACAUACUUUUCACUGCGUAUUCCUUGUUUUUGGCAGAGCAUAAUCGAAGGCCGACUUGUCUACAUCCCUAUUGUCGGACACCUGAAUUGUGUCAGCACAUACGUCGAUCAUCAAGGCUACUGGGAAACCGCUGGUUAUGGUCUUCUUAGUGUUUAUAAAUCAGACUGGAUAAGGUUCGGAGGGAUGAACACUAUGGACUACAAAUAUCAGUGGGGAGGGGAGGACUGGGAUCUACUGGACCGUUUUCUCAAUGCGACGUUGGAAGUUGAAAGAAUCAAGCACCCAGGCCUUUAUCAUCACUAUCACUCUAAACAAAUGUCUUGGAAUUAGGUGCUGCGAAAUAAUGUUUUUCAGUCGGUUUAAACCAGCUUUGAAGUCAGUGUAUUUAUUUUACAUGCUCGAUUCACUACGCUUCAAAAAAAGAAAAAGAUAAAAACAAUCAAUUGUGAGACUGCAAUAAGGUUUUUAUUUUUCCCUCAAUACAAACACAAACAUUAUCUUAUUUAUAACAUCUAUUAUAUAAUUAUAAUGUAUAUUUCAAAGGAGAUCACCGUUGUAGUCUUGUCAGUUUUAUUGAGACUGGAGGAUAAAUGAACCGCUCGGUUUUCCAGUUAGCCUCCGGCCUUGUUAUGUCUAAUUGUAGGACAAGAGAGAUGAAGGAAGAAUUUAAGGUUUACAGUUUAGAUUAAGGGAGAACAAGAAUUUAAAAAAUUGGGUAUUGGUCUGACAGUAAAUAAUGUUUUAAAAAGAAAAUAUACUAAAUUCAGUCUUUGACAUCCGGGGCUGGAAGUUCUUUUCAAAAAUCUAUUUCCAUUAAAGAAAUCGUCUGUUUUCCCAUAUUUGUCCUCGUGAGUGUUAAGUGAAAGUCCGUUUGUGCAGCUGCAUAUCUUGUAUUGUAAUUAAGUUGUUAAACAAAUUAGGCAAUUGAAUUAUAUGCCACAGGUGGAUAACUGUUAUAGUACGUAACCAAGAAACAUUAUUUACUGUUUGGAUAUUAAUGCAUUUAUGCGGUAAAUCUCCCUUAAUUAAUAAAUUACAACAAAAUUCAUAACUGUUCAUCAAGAGGCACUAUUUGAGUAUGUAUCGCACAUUGCAUGCGUUAUGUCUUUAUUACUGGACAAUGUUCAUGUCACACCUUUGCACGGACAUAACUCUGUACAUGUCACAUGUGUUUGCUGUUGUGAGACAGAACGAAUUCUUCCCUCAUGGACUUCUACACCUACUUUAUUCACUAGAAAGUUAGACUUUUCGUCUUUUUUUUUUCUCAAAU